AUGCCCGGACUCCCUAAUGAAGUUGCCACCGAGUGGUUCCACGACAACCUAUACGACAAGGUGAGAGAUAUGGGAAUAAGAUACUCUGCAGAGCUGGAAGGCAUGGGCUCAGCUGCCAUCGAGAACAGGGAGGCAGAUUACACCGUGCAGCCCAAAAACCUUCUUCGCGGAAGGUCUGCGAAAUGA